CACAUAGUGAUUCUUCUCCAGUCAAAUCUCUAUCAACAAUGACAAGUUUGCACAAAACCCUCUUCACACAAAAUCCCACUACUUCUUUAGAUCAAUUGAUGAUGUGCCAUACGGGAAGAGAUAAUUCAUGGAAAAAACUAGAAAACAUAGAUGAAGAAGGUCCAGCAACGAUGAUGACCCGUGAAGUGAAGACGGCGUUACCACCGGAAACACCGACGGAGACGAUGGAGUUUCUAGGGAGAUCAUGGAGCAUUUCCGCCGUCGAACUCACAAAAGCUUUCUUCAACAAUUCGGCCGCCGACACUAACUCUUUUCUUCUCUCUACGAUUGUUAACACCAACAAAGAAGACAGAGAAGAUGAAGAAGAUUCUACUUCCAUGGCUUCUUCUCGUGACUUUCUGCUGCCACAAAAAGGAAACAAGACCAGUCCUCCAAUAACUCCAAGAACCGGCAAAGAAAUGAAGCAUCUUUAUAAGAGCAUGAUAAGAGGGAAAACAAUGGGAAGAAGAUUGAAGGAUCAGAAGGAGAAGAAAAAACAAGAAACCCGAACUCGCAACGCUGAGAUCCACGCCGCAGUCUCUGUCGCAGGAGUAGCUGCGGUUGUAGCCACAACCGCUGCAUCCAACGCUGUUGCAUCCGCAGAGCAUGCGGUUGAAUCAACAACCGUUGCGGUUGCCGUCGCGUCUGCAGCCGCUCUCAUCGCUUCGCAUUGCAUCGAGAUGGCGGGAGAGAUAGGGGCCGGUUAUAACCAGAUCGCAGCAGCCGUUAGCUCUGCGACCAACGCUAGGACUAACGGAGAUGUUAUGGCUUUAACGGCAAGUGCUGCAACAGCGUUACGAGGAGCUGCAAUUCUAAGGUCAAGAAUGGAAAGGAAUAACGAGAACAAAGCAAUGCUAUAUACAACAAAGGAGACUGUAGAAUUGGAAGAGAGAAAUGUAUUUGGAGUGAUGACUUUCGUUUCUAGAGGAGAAGAGCUUUUGAAACGCACCCGCAAAGGGGAUCUUCAUUGGAAGCAAGUAUCUUUUAACAUCAAUUCAAAUUGGCAAGUGGUUCUUAAAAUGAAGAGCAAACAUGUGGGUGGAACUUUCACAAAGACGAAGAAAUGCGUUGUCAGUGGAGUGUGCCGAGACAUACCAGAAUGGGCUCAUAGAGGACGAGUAGAAAAAAUGGUAGAGCGGCGAGCCUACUUUGGUGUGAAGACCGUCGAAAGGGUGAUUGAAUUCGAAUGUGGUAACAAAAGAGAGAAGCAAAUGUGGAUAGAAGGGAUUCAACAGCUGCUUAACUCACUUGAAAUCGGUUCUAGUGUUCACUGGAAACAUUAGGGCUCGGAUCAAAACUCUAUUAUUCUUUCAUGCAUGUUUGAACAUAAUGUGAUGAAGAUUGAACUUCUCGUUUCACGUGUGUUGAGGAAAGUAUGUUUGUGUUUGGUGUGAUAUUCCGAUAGUUAUAUUUUCUUAUGUAUCAAGUUACAUGUUAAGAAUGCUCAAA